AAGAGCGAGCGGGCGUGCGGAGCGGCGACGGCGGCGUGGCAUCUGCCUGUCUGCGAGCGGCCCCGAGCGGCGGCGGCGGCGCCAUGAGCGGAGGAACCCCUUACAUCGGCAGCAAGAUCAGCCUCAUCUCCAAGGCGGAGAUCCGCUACGAGGGCAUUCUCUACACCAUCGACACUGAGAACUCUACCGUAGCCCUCGCCAAAGUUCGCUCCUUUGGUACAGAAGACAGACCAACAGAUCGUCCAAUACCACCUCGAGAUGAAGUCUUUGAAUACAUUAUAUUCCGUGGAAGUGAUAUUAAAGACCUCACUGUUUGUGAGCCACCAAAACCACAAUGUUCUUUGCCUCAGGACCCAGCCAUUGUUCAGUCUUCACUAGGCUCCUCUACUUCUUCAUUCCAGUCAGUGGGUUCCUAUGGACCUUUUGGCAGGAUGCCGACGUACAGUCAGUUCAGUCCAAGUUCAAUAGUCGGACAGCAGUUUGGUGCUGUUGGUGUUGCUGGAGGCUCCUUGACAUCCUUUGGAACGGAAACAUCAAGCACUGGUACCUUAUCCCAAAGUAGUGCAGUUGGUUCUGCCUUUACACAGGAUACCAGAUCUCUAAAAACACAGUUAUCUCAAGGUCGUUCAAGCCCUCAGUUAGACCCUUUGAGAAAAAGCCCAACCAUGGAACAAGCAGUACAGACCGCCUCAGCCCACUUACCUGCUCCAGCACCUGUUGGGAGAAGGAGCCCUGUAUCAACCAGGCCUUUGCCAUCUACCAGCCAAAAAGCAAUAGAGAAUCAAGAGCACAGGCGAGUUGAAGCACACAAAGUUUCAAGGCCAGAAAAUGAGCAGCUUAGAAAUGAUAGCAAGAAACAAGUAGUUCCAGGUGCUCCUUCAGCUCCAAGAAGAGGACGUGGGGGUCAUCGAGGUGGCAGGGGAAGAUUUGGUAUUCGGCGAGAUGGGCCAAUGAAAUUCGAGAAAGACUUUGACUUUGAAAGUGCAAAUGCACAAUUUAACAAGGAAGAAAUUGACAGAGAGUUUCAUAAUAAACUUAAAUUAAAAGAAGAUAAACUCGAGAAGCAGGAGAAGCCUGUAAAUGGUGAAGAUAAAGGAGACUCAGGCGUCGAUACCCAAAAUAGUGAAGGAAAUGCUGAUGAAGAAGAUCCACUUGGACCUAACUGCUAUUACGACAAAACUAAAUCCUUUUUCGAUAAUAUUUCUUGUGAUGAUAAUAGAGAACGGAGACCAACAUGGGCUGAAGAAAGAAGAUUAAAUGCGGAAACGUUUGGAAUCCCACUUCGUCCAAAUCGUGGCCGUGGGGGCUACCGAAGCAGAGGAGGUCUUGGCUUCCGUGGUGGCAGAGGGCGUGGUGGUGGCAGAGGUGGUACCUUCACUACCCCUCGAGGGUUUCGUGGUGGAUUCAGAGGAGGUCGUGGGGGCAGAGAGUUUGCAGACUUUGAAUAUAGGAAAACCACAGCUUUUGGACCCUAAAAGGUCUGGAUCGAUCAUACUGCUUUCUGAAAGAAAGACAACAAAGUUGCCGCCUAGUCUACAAAGAAGUCUUUGAAACUAGGGGAAUUUGUAGCUCUUCACAGCCCUGAAAAUGGUUCCCGUCUCUGCGAAGAAUGAAGAAGUGAAUUCGCUGUAUAUUUGUCACCAGCACUGGGUUUUGUUUUGUUUUGUUUUUCUGCUUAAUUUCAAAGAAACAGUGAAACCUUUGAGAGCCGGAACUUGACUGGACUGCCUUGUUUUUCUGGGUCUCGCAAGUUUUCCGCCUUUGGCAGGGUACAGUCUUACCACUUCCUCUAUUAGUGGAAAAUAUUUGCGUUUUUCUUCUCUGACAGGUUUCCGCCUUCCACAGGUUCCAGAUCUUGCAGGUUUUACUGUAUAAUGCCGUUAUUUUGGGGGAGGGGGAUGAAAGCUCAUCUUAAAAAAUGAGCAUUAAAUAUAUUUGAAAUAGCAGAAGGUUAAGUGAUUUCUUAUGUAUAGUUAAACUAAAGCAGUACUUCAGUGGGACUUACAAGUAUUUUUUCAUCACUGAGAGGAUUUUUCUUAUCACUAAAUUCGGCAAUUAUUGCAAGUUGCCUGUGAAUGGGGCCGUGAUACUGUGUUUUGAGAAGGUGUGUAUGUGUCUAUCUUUAUCUUUCUCUCUCUCCUUUUUUUGGAAAUCCUGUAAUAUCCCUUUUGAGGUAGCUCAAUUAAUUAGGGUGCUGGAUGGUAGAGAAUUUUGUCAGUCAACUAUGUACACACAGUAAAUACUGUUUCUUAGGCAAAGGUAACUUUUUUAUAUAGUUGUAAAAUUCCAUUAUAUUCCAUUGCCAAAGAAACAUUAAGAACUUUGUAUAGCUGUAUAAAAAGCAACUAAUUUUUUAAAGAAUAAACAUUUUAAAGUCAGCAAACAGCCUGUGUCCUUGCAGAAGUUGAUGUGCUGAGGAGCAGAGUUAUGGGUGGGUCUUUUUUUUUUCCUUAGCUUUCCAGGCUUAAGAUUCUUUGAUUUUUUUUUUUUUUUUUAAUGUUUGGAACCUAAAUGAAGAUUUAAUACAUUCUUCCAUUAUCUAAAAAGUAUAAAUUAUUCAUGCAAAUUUUAAGAACUGCAUUUUGUAGCAAAUGGCAUAUCACAGGAUUUGUCCAAACAGUAGCUAUUUUCCAGAUACAAAUGUAAAUAGCCAUAGAUAGAGCGUAGUACUUAGCUGUAUUUUCAGGUAAGUAAGGCCCCACCCACCCCCCCCCCAUUUUUUGUUCUUUGGGGAAUUAUUUUGUUCUGUUUUUAAGAAAGUAAAACUAGGCAUUAACUAACUUGUUUUUCCUGAUACGCCUGGAGUUAAACAUUUUGUCAUGAUCCCUUGACUCAUUCCAUUCAAUUUCAAGAUUUGGAGUGUUAGAAAUUGUUAUCUUGAUAACUGUCAGGCAUCAGAACACUUGGUCGUUGGACCUGUGACCCACAAGUGAUUCUGUGUAGAGUUCAUUACUGAUUAUAAAUUACUAGUAAAUCUUUUUGAUAUUCAAGCUAUAACGGAAAAAAAAAAUCGGGCCACUUCUGUGUUUUUAUUAAGGCCAUGGAAUAAAGGGAUCCAAAGAUGCAAAUAUUUUUAUCUGUUUUGACUUUUGUUAACUUUCUCCUGAAAAUAGUAGUGAUAAAGAUGUGGAAAACUGCACCGAAGAAGAAUUGGAAUACUUAAAGAUGGUUGAUAUUUUUAAUUUUAAUUUUAUAUCUUUUGUAUAGCUCUAUAAGGACAUGUUUUGUAAUUUGGUUUCAUUAUUAAGGUCAGUAUUUGGCAGCCAUAGUUUAGAUAGUAUUGUUUUAGUACUGUUUGCUUGCAUGUUAACAACAAAACCUUUUGGAGGACCCACAAAUCAUGAUAUUGAACACAUUUCUGAGGUAUUCUGAACAUCAAAGCAAGUGCUAUGGCAAUACCUGUAUAGACUGUUUGAGAUGUCCAGGCCAAUUUCAAGGACAAAAACUGUAAAUACCAGUUCUACGUGCUCCGAAAAUAUGAAUUCACGCAUUUUCUCAGCCUUUUGGGUCACUGAUGGGGGUGUUGGUGUCCCAAUAACUGCAGCAUGACACGCCUGCAGUGCACCUUACACUAUCAAAGCAAGUUUUCAUUCUAAGGCAGAAUAAAACUGUUCAAUAAAAAACGUUCGUCAAA